AUGGGAAGAAAAUCGAGAGCGAGCAAAAAGCGCGCGAAAGAAGACGUACGCAACAACAACAACAACGUAAACGCAGAGGUAACCAUGGCGGCUGCGGUUCGGAGGGUGCGGGAAAUACUCAGUGAAGAGUCCGAACAAAAGAUCCGCGAAACGCUCCUACAAUGCAAUUUGAAUCACUACCAAGCCAUGGUGCGCCUUGUUUCUCUCCAAGAGCUAAGGAAUCAGCAAGCAACCAGUACUCUAUUGCCUGAUUCAACUUCUACUACCCUUGUUUCAAAUCAAAGUGCUAUAACAAAUGGUGAAACCAGGAAUGUUCCAAUUAGUUCCACUGAAGCAGUUCCUACCUUGCAUGUGCCAUCUUCUAGUGAUGUUACAAAUGGUGAAACGAGGACUGUGCCAAUUAGUUCCAGUGAAGCAGUUCCACCCAUGUCAUCUGAGCCAUCUUCUAGGUAUCUAUUUAAUCUUCUUGAAGUUGUGGUACCUCUUGCCAGAGAACAGUGUCUGUAUCAACAUUACUUGUUAUUUCCUUGUCUUUGCAGUGCUAUAACAAACGGUGAAGCCAGGAGUGUCCCAAUUAGUUCGAAUCGUUCCUUGUCCGAGCCAUCUUCUAGUGCUAUAACAAACGGUGAAACCAGAAGUGUACCAAUUAGUUCAAAUGUAGCAGCUCCCCCCUGGUCUAUGUCAUCUUCUAGAGCUCCAACAAACGUUAAAACUAAGAGACAAGCUACUAGGAUGAUAUCUGCUUAUGGGCCAACAAUGGUUGAAGUUUUGAGGGGUUUACAACAGAAUCAAACUAAAUCUCCUGUCAAGGCUGAUUCUCCCUUGUUACAUCAGAAGCCAGAUGCUACUAAUCCAAUCUCUAACUCAAUUACUGAGUCUGAUGCUCCAAAAGAUCCUCAACACUCAGCUUUUCCAAUGGAUACAAGACAAAGCAUUGCUACUGCAUUUGGAAUCUAUUGUAGCUCUGAACCACAUAAUAAUCAACAAGGCAUGAAGUGGCGUCAGUAUGGUAAUAUGAUUAACAGAACAGGCCACCAGCAGCAGAACAGGCCACCACCAGCACCGAUUCAAAAACGUGGUGGUAGUAACAGAAACAGCAACACUUUGGCGCAUUUUGUUAAUAUGAUGAACUCUCCUUCCUCGUGGCUAGAAGAGAACGACGCUUCCACUUAUCAGUCUAUCGAUUCAGUGUUUGCUCAGUACAGAAACAAUACCAUGUCUCUGUCAGCUACCUCUACUGUUCCUUCUUCUCACGGUUCUGAUUACGGUUUUGACAUGUACGCUGCAAACUCGAGGUUGGGGUAUGAAGAUGUCUCAAGAAUUCAGGGUCGAAGCCAAUUUGAGAGGCGUGUGGAAGGAGAAGAUAGUAACAGAUCCAUCUCACCUCAUAACCAACAGGAAGGGGAGGCUUACUUUGAAAGAAUCAGAGCUCACUUAGCUUCGUCUCUGGACCAAAGCCAGCAACGGGAGACUUACUUUGAAAGAAUCAGAGCUCACGUAGCAUCGUCUUUGGACCAAAGCCAGCAACGGCCAAGAGACAAGUAG